UGGAUGAAAUAAGCAGGUUAGAUGGAUGCAGUGAGAUUCAGCAUUUUACUGCUUCUACUGUGGUUUGGCUGCCGACUGGACUCUACAGCACCUCUUGUAAAAACUAUCGGAAAAGAAUCAGAUUUUACUCCAAUCUGCACCUAUGAAACGUCAAACAUCAUCAUGAUAAUUGUGUGUAAAAUCAGAACAGAGAGGAACAAUAGAGAGGAGUGCAAUCUGCUGUAUCAGGAUGGAGGUGACUUUGUUCAUGAGUGUGACUCCAGAUUCUCACUAAAAACCAGGAAUCAAACUGUGUUUCUGCACCUGACCAGUUUAACAGCAGCUGAUAGUGGGAACUACUCCUGUCAGUGUUCAAAUCUUAAUGGAACGAAUUUUCUCCAUCUCUGCAUCACAGUUAAUGAAUCAAAUCCUAAUAAUUCAUCAGAUGAAGUUUGGAGCCAGUCUGCAGCAGUGACUCUUCCUUCUGCUUUGACUGCUGCAGUUCUCCUAAUGAUCAAGGUUUCUGUUAUUCUGGGAUUUAUCUACAGAAGACGUUCACAUCGAAAGCAAAUGGAGUCAUGCAUUCGUCAUGGAGAGGAAGACUUGACUGAAAUUGAGCCGUACAGCUCCUACACUCAGAAGGAAAAUUCUCUUUAUUCAACAGCCAUUAUUGCACAGCUGUCAAAUUAAUUCUGACUCUACAAAUGUUUAACAAAUUUACCAUCAUAAUCCUUGGGAUUUUUUUUUAUCUGGCGUAUGUCACAU